AUUACUAGAAAACAACAUGAACACAUUUCUUUGGCUUACCCUCAUCUUAUUAUAUAUGAUCUCAGCGGCCACAUCCGCCACUCUUACCGUGAACUGGUCCCUAGGAACCGACUACACUCCGCUUGCCACCGGAAAGACUUUUUCCAUCGGCGAUACCAUCGUUUUUAGCUAUAGUACGGGUCACACUGUGGACGAAGUGAGCGAGGUUGACUACAAGAGCUGUACCUUAGGGAACUCCAUUACAUCGGACAGCAGCGGAACAACGACCAUAGAUCUCAAGACCACUGGUCCUCGCUACUUCAUAUGUGGAAUCCCCGGCCAUUGUUCCACCGGUAUGAAGCUAGCCGUCAACGUCGCUUCAGACUCUUCAACUAAUGUAGGCGGUGGCACAACCACACCAACCCCUUUCAUCGAAGGUGGUAGCACCACCACACCAACCCCUCUCACCGGAGGUGGUGGUUACGUUCCCACGACCACACAGGCUAUUGCUUGUGGUGGUUGGGCCGUUUCUUCUCCGUUAUGGGCUAUGAUUGUGACUUGGACCAUUCUGUUUUAUGCCUUGGAUUUGUCUUAGUUGACAAUUUAUUAUAGGAGUGUGUUGUAGUGUUAGCUACCAAAAUGUAUUUGUUACAUGUAGAAUGGUUCGUCUUUUCUUUUAAAACAUACUGAACUUGGACACAAAAGAAUAACAAGAUUGUCAUGUCUGUAUGUGAAAGCAUCUUAUGAGUAUGAUGCUCCCUAAAGCAUCAGAU